CAGAGGGGUGCGCGCGUCACAGCUCAAGUCUGCAUCAACGGCUGGCCGACGAGGACUCACUCACUCGCGCUGAGCCAGCCUUCGAGAUCAAGCAGCAUGGCCGGGGGCAGAGCAGUUUUCCACCGGCCCUUACUGCUCGUCGCUGCGAGCUGCUGCUGCCUUCUGCUUGCCCUCGCCGCAGGAGUUUCGGCAGAUGUUCCGCAGAGCACACAAGAACCGAGCGUAUCAGAAUGCAUGGUACACAUCGAGGCAGCUCUAAAACAGGCGCAACCGACGACCAGCCCCCAAUCGACAUCAUCAGAAACGGAAAGCGGAGAGGCUGAUGAACCUGAAUCGAUAACACAAGAUGAGACCACAGACGGAGAUGCUGAAGCAAGCGAGGAAGACAAUCCUGAAGAGUCCGAACCCGGAGAUUCAGGAGAGCAACAAGGAGAUGAUGACGAGGAAGACCAGAACGAAAGUGAAGAGGUAGGCGAAGAUAACGACGGGGCCGAAAACCUAACGGCGGAAACGGAGAGUGAGGAAGAAGAAGUUGAAAAAGACGACGCCGAAGAGGACGCACCGAACUCAGAUGAGGAUGACAAGGACAAUGAAAAUGUUGAAAAUUUGACAACAGAGGAUAAGGAUGAAAAUGAAAACAUUUCUGCUGGUACCGAGGAUGACGAUGAAAAUGAAAACACUUCUGCCGAUACUGAAGAUGACGAUGAAGAUCAGGACGAUGAAAAUGAAACGGCAGAAAAUGAAGAAGAAGAUGAGGAUGAGGAAAAUGCUACAGAUGAAAACGUGUCGGCGGUAAAUGAUAACGUAUCCGGUGAUGAGGAUGACGAAGAGGAGGGUACUAACGAGGACAACGACGAAGAGGAGGGUACUAACGAGGACGACGACGAAGAGGAGGAGGAUACCGAUGAUGGAACAGAAGAAAAUGAUACCACAAAAGAAAAUGUUGACGAAAGUGGAGAAGAAGAAUUAGUCGAUGCUACCGUUGAAGAGACCGAUUCAUCAACCGAGGCUGGCAUUGAAGAUUCAACAGAAGAUGACGCUGCUAUCGAUCCAUCAACAGAAGCUGAACAGGAGGAUGAGGAGGAUGCUCAAGAUUCAGCCGAGGACAAGCUUGAAGAAUCCAACACGACUGAUGACGCCGAUGAGUCGUCAGAAGCUGAGUCAGAUGAUGAAGCUAAUCAAGAAUCUGCUGAAGCAGAAGAAACGUCUAUAGAGGAUGAAGCUGAACAAGCUUCGCUAGAGCAAACUGACGAAUCAAAUGAAGCUGGUGCUGAUGAAUCGACAGAGACAGAGUUACCAGCUGAUACAGCUUCUACUGAAGCCGAACAGGACGAGGAUAACGAGGACGGGGAGGAUGAUGAUGAUGAGGACAAGGAGGAUGACGAGGAAGAUGAAGCUGACCAAGCCUCAGUAGAGGAAGUUGAAGGAACCAACGGAUCUACCGAGGCAGCUGCUGACGAAUCAAAAGAAGCAAAGGAAACUGCUGAAUUAGCAUCAACUGAAGCAGAAGACGAAUCUAAAGAAGAACAGGAUGAAGAUGAUGAUGAUGAUGAUGAUGAUGAGGACGAGGAGGAUACUAAAGCUUCUGGUGAGGAAACUGACGCAUCCACUGAAGCUGACGGUGAUGAAUCAAAAGAAGAGGAGGCAAUUACUGAGUUGGCGUCCUCUGAAGCUGAGCAUAAAUCUGAAGAGGUAGACAAUGCUUCCGUGGAGGAGGAAGAGGAGGAUGAAAAAGCCUCUAGUGAAGUUGAUGAAGAAGAAAAAGAUACUGGAGACGAUGAAACAACUGAAGCAGCAGAGACGACAGCCGAUCAGGAAUCAGUAGAGGCAGACAAUGAUGAGGAAGAAGUCGAAGAUUCAGUCGAGGAAACAGAUACACCCGCUGACGAUGAUGCUGAUGAGUCAACUGAAACUGAGGCAAAUUUAGUUUCUGCAGAAGAAACUGACAAAGAAUCAAUAGAAAAUGAAGACGACGAAGAGGAUGAUGACGCAGAAGAGCCGUCGGAAGCUAUAUCUGCUGAGGAAGAGGGAGAAAAUGUGGAAGACGACCAGGAAAAAGAAGCACAAGCAUCUACGGAAGAUGAUGAUGCUGAUGAUGUUGACCAGGGCGAAGAAUCAGUAGAGGCGGCUGAAGGAGAUAGUGUUGUUGCUUCAGAGGAAAAUGCUGAAGAUGACCAGCAAUCUAGCGAGGACGCAGAGGAUCAAGAAAAAAGUGAAGAGGAACAAACUGAAGAUGAUAAUGUAACCGAGGAAGAGCAAGCCGAGUCAGCUGAGGAUGAAGAUAAUGUGACAGUUGAGGAAUCCGAAGGAGUGGAUGCUGCUCCUGCUGCUGAAGAAACAGAAGAAGCUUCUACUGAAGCAGAUGAAUCAACAGAGGAGGAAGCUGAAGGUGCAACUUCGACUGAAGAAGCCCAACAAGAAUCUGAGGAAGAAACAGAGGAAGAAAAGGCUGCUGAUGAGGAGUCUGAGGGAGAUUCUGCUGAAGAGGAUGAAGAAGCCACUGCAGAAUCAGCUGAGGAGGCUGACGAAGCCACUACAGAAUCAGCUGAGGAUGAUGAUGAAGGCGACAAAGAGUCUACUGAAAAUGUAGAAGCUGCUGUAGAGUCUGGAGAGGUCCAGGAAUCUCAGGAGCAAGCAGAUGAAGACACCGAGUCAAUCGAAACGGAAGGAGAAGUAGAAACGUCUGCAGAGAAAGUUUAUGAAGAGGCUUCAGAAGAAGAGGCAUCUGCUGAAGCUACGGCAGAAGAAACAGCGUCUGACGAGGAAGGCGAAGAGACGAAACAGUCUGAAGAUGUGGUAUCAAGACAAAGGAGGGAGACAGGAUUUGUGCCGUCAUCGUCUGACGAACAGGACGCUGAAAGCGGCGAGCAGGAAGGCGAACCCGAAGCAGAAGUGGAAGCUCCUGCUACCGAGGUGGAGGUUGAACAAGAAGACAUCAAUCCUGAUAUCAUCAUUCCAACCAACUUGCGUCCCAAGGACCACAUUAACAGGAUUUUGAAGCUGAACACUGACACCGCCGAGCAGGAGUUGCUAGCGUCAAAGACGAUGGACUCGACACUGCGCGAGCUUAAGCGUCUUUAUGACACAGCAAUUAAGCCAUUGGAAAUUUUGUACAAAUACCGUGAUUUGAGCAAUAGACACUAUGGCGAUCCCGAAAUUUUCUCCAAACCAUUGGUGUUGUUCAUGGGACCUUGGAGCGGUGGAAAAUCUACGAUUAUCAACUAUUUGAUGGAUAUCGAGUACACAAACACUGCUUUGAGAACAGGAGCGGAACCAUCUCCUGCCUACUUCAAUAUUCUCAUGCACGGUGAGCGCGAGGAGGUUCUUGACGGAACUCAGCUCGCAGCUGACUGGACGUUCUCUGGGCUUCAGAAAUUCGGUCAGGGUCUUUUGGACCGUCUCCGCGGACUGCGAUUGAGAAACAAGCUGCUUGAGAGAGUCAACAUUGUGGAGAUUCCCGGAAUUUUGGAGAUCAGAAAGCAAGUUGAGCGUCUUUUCCCCUUCAACGACGCUUGCCAGUGGUUCAUCGACCGCGCUGACGUCAUCUUCCUGGUAUAUGACCCGUCCAAGUUGGAUGUUGGACCUGAGACUGAAGCGAUUCUCGACCAGCUCAAAGGUCGUGAAUAUCAGACUAAGAUCAUCCUCAACAAAGCUGACCAGGUUCGCCCUGAGGAACUGAUGCGAGUUCAGGGCACUCUGAUCUGGAACAUUUCCCCCCUGAUGUCAAGCUCGGAGCCUCCUGUGAUGUACUCCACUAGCCUGUGGGCAGUGCCUUAUGAGCCUGGAGCACCCACCAGACUGCUCAGGGCUCAAGAGGAGGCCUUCCUGAGAGACAUUCGUGACGCCAUUGACAGGAGAGUGGAGAACAAGAUUGCAAGUGCACGCAGAUUUGCUGUGCGCGUGCGAAAUCACGCAAAGAUGGUCGACUGCUACCUGACAACCUACUUCAACCACAAGACGCUGUUCGGCAACAAGAAAAAGAUUAGUGACGACAUCAUCGAGCACCCUCAAAACUACCACAUCUACGAGGGUCUCAGCACACUGACCAACAUUUCCCGAUACGAUUUGCCCGACCCCGAAAUGUACCUCGACUUCUUCCGACUCAACCCCCUGUAUGAAUUCCAACAGCUUUCGGCCACUUGCACCUACUUCCGAGGCUGUCCUAUCAACAAGUUGGACGUCGCCAUCGCGUACGACCUGCCAGAGCUUGUCGGCAAAUACAAGAACAGCGUCGAGGAUUUGCUUGCCAAGGUGGCGACCGGCACCAAUCUCAAGAGCUGAACACUCUGAUCGCCCCAAUGGUCAGCAUGUCGAUCUAAAUGGAGUUGAUGGCUACGCAGACAGAAGACUGAUGAUCUUUCAUUAUAUUUAUCUCACUUUUAUCUUCCAUAAGGGCUAGGAGAAAAGCAGUUUGAUGCUGCUUUUCUGCUAGCCCUGAAUAUUUCUGGUAUCAGGGAAAGUGAUCCGAGUUGAUGCACUUCUGUCUGCGGCGGGCUAUCUGCCCAUGGACUAAAAAGAGCGGGUGAAAAGUGUUGAGUGUUGUUAAGUGAUGCGAAUUUGCCAGCCUGCAGCGUCAUUGUUUGUUGUUGUAUUAAAUAGUUUCAGUUUCAUAGCAACUCAUUUCUUAGUAGCCUCUGUUUAAAACAGUUGUUCACUUUGUUUAUUUCAAAUGUAACUCUCCUUUUUCUAAAUGCAACAUUUAAUAUCCAUGUGAAUAUUCUACCACAAAGCGCUGGUGUAAAUGUUAUGUAAAUAAAACGUUGAUUAAGUCAAAUAAAGUCUUCCACAUGAAAAUUA